UGAUGGGGUAUAUCCAAAAUGUCUUUGGCUUUGAUUCCUUCGAUUGAAGAUCAAAUAAAAGGCGGCGGAGUUCUCCAUUUCGAUUCAAGUGACCGACCUUGAUUCUGAUCAAUUCCCCCAAGCUAUGGAGCUCACACCUCAGCAGUUGAUCGCCUACAAUGGCACCGACUCAUCGAAGCCCAUCUAUGUGGCUUUGAAGGGCCGCAUCUUCGACGUCACAACAGGCGUUUCUUUCUACGGCCCCGGUGGCGCCUACGCCAUGUUCGCUGGCAAGGACGCGAGCAGAGCUCUGGCCAAGAUGACCAAGAAUGAGGAGGACAUCAAUUCUUCGCUCGAAGGCUUAUCUGAGAAAGAGAUCGGUGUUCUCAACGACUGGGAGAAGAAAUUUGAAGCUAAGUACCCUAUUGUUGGUCGCGUUGUUUCUUAAACAUCUUAGAUUGUGUGCGACAAGUUUAUGUGUUUCGCUGUGUGGUUUCUGUUGAAAUUUCGUGUUAUUUCCGAGCAUUCUGAUAUAUCUUAUUGUUCAGAAGUCUUUAAUGAAUUGCUGUUCGAUAAUAUGCUCAUCUCUGAAGAUGAGAUUGUUAAAAUGACUGUAAACUUGUUGUGCUUGGUUGAAUAAGGAUCUUCCAUGACCGAUUGGUAUCAGUAUGAACUGCUUAGUGAAAUAAGAACUUGCC